AUGUGGAUUUAUUUCUAUGUGGGAACUCCAAGGCUACGUGAUGGUUUCUUGGUUACUGCUACUUCUGGUUGCUGGCCAAUGAAUUUGGCGGUGGCUCCAUCGCAGAUGCAGCUAGAUCAUCAGAGUUUGAGUCCCUUGUUUAUGGUUCCUCCUGGGCUGAGUCCUUCUGGAUUGCUUAAUUCACCUGGGUUUUUGUCCCCACUUCAGAGUCCAUUUGGAAUGUCCCACCAGCAGGCUCUUGCACAUGUUACGGCUCAGGCAGCAAUAUCUCAAUCUUACAUGCAGAUGCAAGCAGAUUUUCAACGUUCUUCUUCUGCAACUUCUGCUGAAACAACUGCACAUCAUUCGUCCUCCGCAGCCAAUGAAUCUUUGCAAAACCAGACAAUUUCUUUGCCACCAGAACAAACGAGCUCAAAGGUAGAGCUGUCUGAAGGUUCUCCAUCUGAACGGAAAGCUGCUUCUGUUGUUGUUAGCAAACCAACUAAUGAUGGCUACAAUUGGAGGAAAUACGGGCAGAAGCAGGUAAAGGCGAGCGAAUGUCCGCGAAGCUACUACAAAUGCACGCAUGUUAAUUGUCCUGUGAAGAAGAAGGUGGAGGGUUCUCUUGAUGGACAGAUAACCGAGAUUACGUACAAAGGGCAGCACAACCAUGAUAUGCCUCACCCCUCUAAACGUGGAAGAGAUAAUUGUGCUUUGGAUGGAAACUCGAACUCCCAGGUGAAGCCUGCAAUUAGAUCGCAAAGUCAGAGUGAAAUGAGCCGGGAAAAUGAGGUUGUACCUUAUCAACCUGGACCUUCAAAAGUUCAGGUAUCUAAACAAUCAGUAUCUGAGCAUCUUCCUGCCACAAUUAAUCUUGAUGAAGUGGACGAUUUGACAAUUUUAAACAAUGAGGGGGAUGAUGAUGAUGAACCAAAUACAAAAAAAAGGAGCAUUGAUAUUGGGUCGUCCAUGCAAGCACCAUCACAUAAAACAAUUACAGAAUCUAAAAUUGUCGUGCAGACAAGAAGUGAAGUUGAUCUGUUGGAUGAUGGAUAUAAAUGGAGAAAGUACGGCCAGAAGGUGGUCAAGGGGAAUCCUCAUCCAAGGAGUUAUUACAAAUGUACACAUGCUGGAUGCAAUGUCCGUAAACACGUUGAGAGGUCUUCGACCGACUCCAAAGCUGUUAUAACGACGUACGAAGGCAAACAUGAUCAUGAAAUCCCGACAGGCAGAUACAGCAAACUGCAGAAGACAGUAGCCAACAAUCCUUCCUUACAUAAAGAAAUGGAUUAUGAGAAUAAAGAUCAAAUAGCAAUGACUUUGCAGCUUAAAGAAGAGCAAAUCGCUGCAUGA